UUAGAAGGUGUAGUGCGCGUGCAGUAUAACAGAUCAGCAAUAUAGUUGGUAUUUUGACACAGUAAGAAUGAUGACUAACAUGAUUUAUUGAAGUUGACUGAAGGAGUGCUUCCAUUCUUACCGUGAGAAUUUCAUAGGCGUGCCCCUCAUUAAAAGAUUUUGAAACCAAAGAUGUCGGUGUUCAAUCUUUUCUUCUAUGGUGACAAGAGCGGUCCAGUUGUUCAAUCGACGAAAAAACAAUUCAUCAACGUAAUGAAUGACCAAGUAAACAAUGGGAUGAAUGCAAAUGUGACAAAUGGAAUAAAUGGACGAUUGAACAAUGGCAUAAAUGACCAAGUAAACAAUGGAAUGAAUGCAAAUGUGAACAAUGGAAUAAAUCCUGUGCAAAGACCAAAAGUAUUGCCAUAUUCUUCAAAGACUGGAGUUGCACAUAUGAAUCAUGUGCCGAUACUCCCUUCAUUGAGACAAACUGCACCAGAACGUUCUGUGCUCGGAUAUAAUAGAUGUGGAUAUCCUGCACACAGAUACCCUUCACAUAGAUACCAUACACCAGGAGUACUAGCAUUAAAACACCCCGUGUCAGGACAAUCUGUUUCUAAAUUUUCUGCACCGAAAGAAUCUGUAUCUGAACAACGUAUGCCAAAUAAUCGUAUGCCAAAUCAUCAUAUGCCAACUCAUCAGGAACUGAAGCAUCACUCAACAAAUGUCUUACCAGUAUAUUCCUCGUUUCGACAUCCUCCAACAAAAACAGGAAAACAUGCUGUAACAAGCGAAAGACCAAUAUCAAGAAGGCCUCGCAAUUUUAACGAUGGAUUAUACAUAAACACUGUAACCCCUGUAAGUCCACAUAUUUUACACCAUACUGCUGGGACCAACAUCCCAUCUUCGGAAAAGAUGUGCUGGCCUUUAAGUCCUAUACAUACUGUCGAAUAUGAUUCAAUUUCCCCAUUCAGUCCUCGCCAGUUUUCAUCAAGAGGACCAAUUGCUAGAGAAGAUCCACAUCUAACUGCAGAUAAUAAAGUUGACAGUUCACCAGUUCGAAAUGAUCAAGUGCUAAACUCUCUAUUUGCUAUAGACAAUAUUCUUGAUAGUAGAACCCCAUUCAAAGUUGAACGAUUUAAGUUUGACGAGGCUGAUAUUCGACAUUACCAGCAAGCUAGGGGGUUGACAAUUGUAGAUCAGGGAAUGCAAAAUCAAGAGUCCACAGAUGUAGAUUCAAGACAGACAGCUUGUCAUCCUGGACUUUUACACGGUGAGAAACACUCCGAUUCACAAAAAGUAAAGACUCAAUACGAUGCUAAAGUUGCUACAUCACCCACUAUGCCUAAAUCACAAAAAAUGUUACAAAAGUCACCUACGUGUAAACAAACGACUAAAAGUUCUGCAUCACGUGAAAACAUACCUGGACUUCCCACAUCAUCAGGGUUUAUGGACAUACCAUCUGAUGAAGAUCUCUCUGCAUCCUUUGCUAAAACAAUGUCCUUAUCAUCAGAGGAGUUGUUUCCUGCUUUGGGCGAGCUCACAUUCUCGGAUAUAUCUAUUUCUGUUGAUGUGUCCCAUGAUACUUCGGAUGUGUUAGAAUCAACAGACUCUUCUGCUAUGGAAACUGUACAAACAUCACCGACUGUGCUUCAAUCUCCAACUGUGCCAAAAUCACCAAUGUCACCUAUUGUUCUUCAAUCUCCAAUUGUGCAAAAAUCACCAACUGUGCUUGAACAUGUUGAAUCCCAAACUGUACACAAAUCACCAACUUUGCUUAAUUCUUCAUCUAUACAAAAAUCACCAAUUUUGCUUAAAUUUCCAACUUUUCAAAAAUCACCAAUUGUACAAAAACUAGCCGUACAGCGUACAAACUAUCGGCGGACUUGUAAAAAACUGCCGCAGCGCACAAGACGCAAACGUGCAUGUGAUAAACUGUCACAACUCUCAGUGAGUAAACCUAAGCGCUUUAAACUUCAUUUUAGGGGUGAUGUAAUAGUUGAUGCUGAUCUUCCAAUUGAUGGUUGGGAUCUUAAGACCAAUAGUUGCACUCAGGAUGGUGAUACUAUAAAUAUUACAAAUGUUGAUGAAAAUUCAGUUAUUGGCAAUGAUGUGAACUCUCAACCAGUGUCGGACAACACAGCUGCUGUGUCGGACAUUCCAGUUAUGUUGGACAUUCCUGCUGUAUCAGACAUUCCAGCUGUGGCGGACAUUGCAGGUCUAUCGGACGUUUCAGCUGUGGCAGACAUUCCAGCCGUGACAGAUAAUUCAGCUGUGACAGACAUUCCAGAUGUGUUGGACUUUCCAGAUUUGGCAGACAUUCCUGCUGUGGCGGACGUUCCAACUGUGUCGGACAUCCAAGAUGUGACAGACGUUCAAGAUAUGUUGGACAUUCCAGCUGUGGCGGACAUUCCAGAUGUGUUGGACAUUCCAACUGUGGCGGGCAUUCCAGCUGUGGCGGACAUUCCAGCUGUGGCGGACAUUCCAGCUGUUGCGGACAUUGCAGGUCUGCCGGACAUUUCAGCUGUGGCGGACAUUGCAGGUCUGCCGGACAUUUCAGCUGUGUCAAUAAAUUAUGAUAGCAAUACGAAAUCUUCCAUUAACCGUAAAACACGUUUAAGUAGAUAUAGAGCGAGGGACCUUGUAUUUCAACACAGUAGGCAAACUCCACAAACAGAAACACACCCAUUGGGAUCAGCAAAACGUGUGAGACACAUCAUGAAUGACUGGUACCAGGAUAACAGAUAUCAUCCUUUUAUUUCUGAAUCUAAAUGCACAGAGUUGGCCACCAAGGCAGGAGUAACAAAGCAAAAGAUUAGAAAGUGGUUGGCAGAUAAGCGUUAUAGAGAAAAGAAAUUUCUUUCCAAUUUUGAAAAGAUUGACCAAAUUGAGAUUAGUGCAGAGAUUGAUGAACUGAAUUAUACCUCAUAUGGAUCAUGCAUGGAAUAG